AUGUCGAAGGAAACCUACUCCCAUGAGCCAGAAAGAACCCUCGAUGAUGAUCUUAUCAGCGUCCCGGGCUAUGAUCCAGAUCUCCAGCCCACAGCUGGGGAAACCCGCAAGGCGAAGAUGAAGGUCGACUUGUGCAUCCUGCCUUUCAUCGUUGUCUGCUUCUGCUUUUUGCAGUUUGACCGUACGAACAUCAGCAAUGCUCUGACAGACACACUGCAGGCUGACAUUCAUGUGAAUAACUCGGCAAUCAACCUGGCCCAGACCCUGUUCACCGUGGGCUUCAUCAUCACUGAGCUGCCUUUCAACGUGAUCAGUCGAUACAUAGGCCCCGAGAGAUUCCUACCUGUCACGAUGUUUGUCUGGGGUGUUGCAACCUGGUGCCAGAUAUUCAUCAAGAAUGCGUCUGGGCUGAUCGCUGCCCGAUUUUUCAUAGGAGCCCUCGAAGGCGGGUAUAUUCCGGGGUUCGCUCUCUACAUUUCACAGUACUAUACGAACCAGGAGCUUGGGCUGCGUUAUGCGAUCUUUUGGGCUUCGAACAGCUUUGCAGGGAUCCUCGGCGGUCCUCUUUCCAUUGGUCUGCUUUCACUAAGUGGUCGACAUGGGCUUCAUGGGUGGCAGUGGCUUUUCCUGAUCGAGGGCCUUUUGACAUGCUUUCUUGGGAUUGUGGCAUAUCUGUACCUCCCACACAGUCCCAUCCAUCCGAAGACCUUCUUCCGCCAAUCCUACAAUAUCUUCACCCCUCGCGAGGCCUCCAUUGUGGUUACCCGCGUGCUCAACGACGACCGCACCAAGGCGCCACGAGCACAAGGGCACCGGCAGCUGCGAACUAUCACCCUUUCUGACGUGCGCAGCACCUUCAUUGACUGGCGUCUCUACGGACACCUAGCCGCUGCCUUUCUGUCGAUGCUGAUGAUCUCCCCAAUGAACACCUACGCCCCCUCCAUCAUCCGAAGUCUGGGCUUCACCAGCCUACAAGCUAACGGCCUCAACUCUGUCGGUAGCGCCGGCGCGUUGCUUCUCUCCGUAACAUUGGCGUAUAGUAGCGAUCGCUCGCGGGAGCGUGGGAUCCACAUUGCCAUCGGCUACCUCUGGGGCGCGGUGGGAUUGUUGUGGUUGGCGUUGGCGCCGGAUUCGAGUGGAAAAUGGUUGCUUUACGGAGGAGUCGUGUGGACACAAAUGGGCAUGGGUUGCGCUCAAGCGAUCAGCGCCGCCUGGCUGACUACCAAGAUGCCAGACCGGAAACGUCCCGUGGCGCUGGCGGCGUAUGUUAUGAGUAUCCAGCUGGCAAACCUACCAGGCAAUCAGUUGUUCCGCACGCAAGAUGCACCGCGGUACACACGUGGACUUAUCAUAGCUGCCUCUUGCGCCAUCGCAGCCGCUGUCAUCAUUCUAGCUUGGAAAGUGCUCUACCGCUUGUUUGAUUAUGGGGAUGACCUGGCUGCGAGACAGUCGACAGAAUCUGACAACCCAAGUAGAAUGGGCGAUCAAGUCUGA